CCUAUCUAUCCUCACCACUCACUCGUCCUCCUUCAUCGUUCUUCCCUGUUCCUCUACCUUCUCUCUGUCUGCAACUGGUUUUCCACGUUAAUGGCGUAUCAGACCCGAGCUUGAUUAAACUUAUCUUAGAAAUCACUCUCUCAAACUUCCUUCCACUCUUGUCUCUUUCAUCAGCCGGAUCGUCUAGAUCUUGAGGUGUUUUCCACAAUGCAGAAGAGGUUGGCCUUGUCGUUUCCUGAAGAGGUGCUGGAGCACGUCUUCUCGUUCAUACAGACCGACAAGGACCGGAACUCGGUGUCUCUUGUCUGCAAGUCGUGGUACGAGAUCGAACGAUGGUGCCGCAGGAAGGUCUUUGUCGGGAACUGUUAUGCCGUCGGACCCGCGACGGUGAUCCGACGGUUUCCGGAGGUGAGAUCCGUGGAGCUGAAGGGAAAACCACACUUCGCCGACUUUAAUCUGGUGCCUGACGGCUGGGGAGCGUACGUACACCCUUGGAUUGAUGCGAUGUCGACGGCGUACAUGUGGCUCGAGGAGAUAAGGCUGAAAAGGAUGGUGGUCACUGACGAGUGCCUGGAGCACAUCGCUAAGUCCUUUAAGAACUUCAAGGUUCUCGUGCUUUCUUCCUGCGAGGGGUUCUCCACCGAUGGUCUCGCCGCCAUCGCUUCCAAUUGCAGAAAUCUGAGAGAGCUUGAUUUGCGGGAGAGUGAUGUGGAAGAUGUUAGUGGCCAUUGGCUCAGUCAUUUCCCAGAUUCGUACACAUCAUUGGUGUCCCUUAACAUCUCAUGCUUAUCAUCUGAGGUAAGCUUUUCUGCUUUGGAGCGUCUGGUGAGUAGGUGUCCCAACCUGAUGUCUCUCCGCCUCAACCGGUCCGUCCCUCUUGAAAGACUUGCGACCUUACUUCAGAGAGCACCGCAAUUGAUUGAGCUGGGCACUGGCGCUUACACGGCUGAAGUGCGGCCUGAUGUUUUUUCAAGUUUAUCUGGUGCUUUCGCUGGUUGUAAAGGGCUGAAGAGCUUGUCUGGGUUUUGGGAUGUUGACCCUGCGUAUCUCCCAGCAAUGUAUUCUGCUUGCAGUAGACUUACGACAUUGAACCUGAGUUACGCGACUGUUCAGAGCUCUGAUCUUGUCAAGCUUCUCAGUCAAUGUCCGAAAUUACAGCGCCUUUGGGUAUUGGAUUACAUUGAAGAUGCUGGUCUUGAGGCCCUAGCAUCCAGCUGCAAGGACCUACAGGAAUUGAGAGUGUUUCCAUCGGAGCCGUUUGUCAUGGAACCAAAUGUGUCAUUGACAGAACAAGGGCUUGUCUGUGUUUCCGAAGGCUGUCCAAAACUCGAAUCAGUUCUCUAUUUCUGCCAUCAAAUGACAAAUGCUGCUUUAAUCACUAUAGCCAGGAACCGGCCCAACUUGACUCGUUUCCGUUUAUGCAUCAUUGAGCCAAAAACUCCAGACUACAUGACUCUGCAGCCACUUGACGUGGGUUUUGGAGCAAUAGCUGAGCACUGCAAGGAACUAAGGCGUCUCUCGCUCUCGGGUCUUCUGACUGACAAGGUGUUUGAAUACAUUGGGACAUACGCCAAGAAGUUGGAGAUGCUGUCAGUGGCCUUUGCGGGAGAUAGUGACCUUGGGCUGCAUCAUGUUCUAUCGGGGUGCGACAGCCUGAGAAAAUUAGAGAUAAGGGACUGCCCCUUUGGGGACAAGGUGCUUUUAGCCAACGCUCCUAAGCUGGAGACAAUGCGAUCCCUUUGGAUGUCAUCUUGUUCCGUGAGUUUUGGGGCGUGUAAACUGCUAGGCCUGAAGAUGCCGAGGCUCAAUGUGGAAGUCAUUGACGAAAGGGGUCCACCCGACUCUAGACCUGACAGCUGCCCGGUGGAGAGGGUGUAUAUAUACAGAACGGUGGCAGGCCCUCGGUUUGACAUGCCUGGGUUUGUGUGGAACAUGGACGAGGACUCUAGCAUGAGGUUUUCCCGGCAGAUUGUGACAUGAAAACAAGGUGGAAAACCCAAAGUUGUAACGAAGGGAGUUGUUUGCCAUGCCAUUGACUGGAUGCAACAUAAUUCAGGUACAUGUUUCACGUGCUACGCAGUUGAGUGACAUCUCAAAUACAUUUGCGUGUGCUGCUCAGAUUAAGAAGGUUCCGAGGAGCCCACCAUGCAAAAGACAGAGCAAAGUGAGCUUCGGUCGUUGUUAAUUUUAUUGCCACCACGGCUCAUGGGGUUAUAAAUAAGAGAGAUCGUCUUUCUUUUCUUCUUCUUCUAUGAUGUCCCUACCUGUACUUUAUGAGACGUUUUUUUUUCAAGUUAAAAGAGUUUGCUGAUGUUUAAGGGUUCAAUAUGAA